CACUUACGUGUGAUGCCUGUGUGCCGUAAAUAGCUAGUUUUGUUCCCCCAGUUCGAUACCACAAAAAACAAGAAAAAUGGAAUGAAAAGGCAGACGCUUUUACGGCGACACCUGCAACCCCUUCGUCACGAGAGAGAAUUUUCAUACACUCGUAAACAAUCUUGUGGGUUUUUCCCCCUCUUAUUCUGAUGCUUGGAAUGUUUUUUUUUUAUGGAAUCGUGAUAAAAACCCACGCCAGCCAACGGUCGUGUGAGGUACUAGUGCAGAACGAGUUGUGAUAGCCGAUAUUGAAUUUCUGGAAUUUCUUUUGAUAGGAGACACCAGCAAUGUCACAAUUCCUGGGUAAAGUUGUUUUGAUAACCGGUGCCAGUUCCGGUAUUGGAGCAGCAACGGCGAUUCAUUUGUCAUCACUGGGGGCCUCCCUAUCGUUAACCGGUAGAAACCUUGAGAAUCUCGAGAAAGUGGCUGCCCAGUGCAGAGCCCCAAAGCCGUUUAUCCUUCCUGGGGAACUGACCAAUGAAGAGGACACCAAGAGGAUUUUGGAGUCGACCAUCAAACAUUACGGAAAGCUGGAUGUUUUGAUCAAUAAUGCUGGGACUAUUGAACGUGGGAGCAUUGAAAAUACGAGUCUGGAGCAAUACGACAGAGUUUUCAAUCUGAAUGUACGCUCAAUGUAUCAUUUAACGAUGCUGGCAACUCCACAUCUGAUUAAGACGAAGGGGAACGUUGUAAAUAUAUCGAGUGUUAAUGGCUUGAGAUCAUUCCCAGGUGUUUUGGCAUAUUGCAUGAGUAAAUCAGCUGUUGAUCAAUUUACACGCUGUGUGGCCAUUGAAUUAGCUGGAAAACAGGUGAGAGUGAACGCUGUAAAUCCAGGAGUAGUAAUCACAAAUCUCCACGAGAGGAGUGGAAUGAGCGCAGAGGAGCUGCAAGCCUUCUUCGAGCGCAGCAAGACGACUCAUGCACUUGGCAGACCAGGCCAGCCCGAGGAAAUUGCCAGAACUAUUGCUUUUCUGGCGAGCGAUGAUGCAAGCUUUAUAACUGGAGCUACAUUACCUGUGGAUGGAGGCAGACACGCUCUCUGUCCGAGAUAAACUCAUAAAGUGCAUUCAUAAAUCUAUCGUUUUUACCUUUUUUUUACUUUAAAAAUAAAGAGGAAUAUUUUGCAAUAAAUAAAUGUUCAUGUGAAGUAUUUUUACA